UGUGCGCGGGGCAGCAGCAGGAUGGGGACCGGGAGCCGCCAGGAGCCGCCCGCCGCCCGCCCCGCCGCCGCCCCGCCACGGAGCGCCGCUCCGCAGCCCCCGCCGCGCCGCUGCCAACGCUGAAGAGCCUCCUCUGCCCUUCCAGCGCCGCUCAUGGAGCCGAGCGCGCGGGAACGCGCCGGGCCCGGCCCGGGCUGGGCCCGCUUGGGCUUCGCCGCGGCCUGGCCUAAGCUGGCCGGGCCCAGCGCCGUCCCUGCCGGCGCCUCGCCUCAGGCCAGCCCGCCCUUCUCCUGGCUGCGGCUGGUGUCGCAGCUCCUGUCUCCGCUGCCCGCCCUGCUGCAGCGGCUGCUGCCCGGCCCCUCGCUCAGCUCCGCGCUCUGCCCCGCCGCCGGGCCGCGCCCCGACAAGGGCCCGCCGCCGCUGCCGCCGCUGCUGGCGAGGCCGGAGGCCUCUCUGGACUGGGCCGAGGAGGCGCGGUGGUGGUCGGAGGAAGCCCUGGAGAAGAGGGGAGAGGCUGACCCGGAGUCCCGGCUGUGGGGGAGCGCGCUGGUGCGGAGCAGCCUGCUGCCCUUCCCCGGCCCCCGCCUGGACUUGUCCGCGCUGGGCCCGCCGCAGGGCCAGGCGUGCGGCUCUGACAAGGCCCAUCUGCCGCAGCCCCUGCGAGCCGAGGACCCCGCCGAGCUCUGGCGAGGCUGCCCGGCCCGGGGCGGCCUGCCGGAGGUGGAGUUCCUCCGCAACAAGCGCUUGGCUUUCCUCCAGCCCUGGCAUUUGGCGAGCGGGAGCCUGACUGUGCCAGACCCUGACCACGGCUAUCACAGCCUGGAGGAGGAGCAGCAGCAGCAGCACAAAGGCGUUUGUCAGGAGGAGGUAGGACGACGGCGGGAGCAGCGGUGCGAUGCCGGGGAAUUGAAGCAGCCCGAGGAGCCGAGCGAGCCGGGGAGACAACCUGGAAGUGGUUCCUUGGAGCAGGAGGGGAUAAUAAGGGUUUCAGCUGAAAAGGGAGCACUUGAGGGGGAAGCUUUGACUGAAGAGGAGGGGGAUGACUCCGAAAUAGAGCAAAACCUUCCAGUUUCAGCCAGACCUGCCUGUGCGAAUAAAUUAAUAGAUUAUAUCAUAGGGGGAGUUUCCAGUGAGGAAGAGAGUGCGGAUGACGAGGAAGACUGGGAUGAUGAUGGGUUUGACAGCGAAGGGCUCCCCUCAGAUUCAGACGCUGGUAGCCAGGACGGGGAAAGGCUUCACCUCUGGAAUUCCUUCUAUAGUUUGGAUCCGUACAACCCUCAGAACUUCACAGCCACCAUUCAGACAUCUUCCAGCGAUCCGGGGAAGGAUAUGUCGGAUGUGGAGGAGGAGGAGGAAGAUUCCUCGUGGGCAGAGGAGUCUUCAGGUUCUCCCGAGCCUAGUUCUGAAGAGGAGGAUGGGUGGGACUGUUGCAGUGUGGAUGAGGCAGAAAGCUUGAAACUUUGGAACUCAUUCUGUACCUCAGAUGAUCCAUAUAAUCCUUUAAAUUUCAAGGCAGCCUUUCAAACAGCAGAGAAAAAAGGGACGCCUGAUUUAAAGGGAGCAGAGAGGCCGGGUUUGGUGGCUUCUGAAUUUACUGUCUGUCGGGUGCAGUUGGAAAAACACGACUGUGGGGUCACGAGCUUUGUGCAGCACGACAGUCUUUCUGGUGAAAAAUGUAGAACUCACACGCCGAAAAAGGUAACCUUCCUUGAAAAAGUCACUGAGUAUUACAUAAGUGGUGAGGAGGAUCGUAAAGGACCCUGGGAAGAGCUGGCACGAGAUGGAUGCAGGUUCCAGAAACGGAUCCAAGAAACAGAAGAAGCCAUAGGAUACUGCUUCACAACAGAGCAUAGACAAAGAGUAUUUAAUAGACUCCAAGAAACUUACUACAAGAGAGUUGAUCUCUUCUAGCACCUUGAAAGAUCUGUUAGUUGUGUGACCCUAUGACUGGUAAACACCUUUGAAACAAGAAGUGGCAGCUGCCUGUGCUAUUUUGAAAUGAGGAGAGAAGUGGGAUUUUAACACUUUUCUUUUUUCCCCAGCUUGAUAUUCAGCCAACAAAUAAGGCUGUGUGUCCCAUUGUGAUACCCAGACAAAAGCUUUAGAGUGGCAUCAAGGGUAAGGGUUCUAUAAUUGCAUUCCUUGUCUGCCCUCUGUGGAGAAGUGGUGACUCUUUAAGUUGGAUUUUUGCACUUUGAAAAAGCAAAACCUAUUUUGAAGGAAAUAUUUAUGGAGCUCAGAAUCCAAGUUAUUGCAGUUUUGAUUUAAAGUUUCUAGGGGUUUGUGCUGCUUCCUUGUGGUUCUCCAUUUUCUCUAACUUGUACAAAAGUCUCAAGAUUUUGUUAGCUAAUAACAUUAACUUCAGUGUGCUAAGCAGGUAAUUCCUGCCUUUUAAGAUCCCAGUUUUGCCUGUGAUCCAAGGUUUGAGUGUUGAUGUAAAGCUUUGAUGUCUUUUCAGUCUAGCUGGGGGGGCUCUGGUGCACUGCAAGCCCUUUGGGUUUAUCUUUAUUUAAAUAAUACCUUUACCCAGUACUGCUCCAGAGGGUGUUGCCUGCUUGUGUACCAACCCUCUUUGCUUUCAGGCCUCAUCCUGGUCAAUAAUUAAAGCUCAAAGGUACAUAUCAAGGUUGAUAGUUUAGGGAGCCAUGGGAACUAGUUCUUUAGCUGAUCUUAGAGCAACUUUGCUGUCAUUGAUUCUGCUUUCUGAAAAUGGAUUGAAGUGGAAGAUUCUUUGUACUUCUUGUGUUCAUUAUGUUCUGUUAACUUGUAAGGAGAAUUAUCUGACUGAAAUCUGAGGCUACACAUCACUGUGUUCUCUACCAAAAGCCAGUAUUAAUACCUCUGUGUGUCUGCAUUUGUGUUCAUCCAGUACCAAAAUAACAUUUCACAUCUGGGGGAUGAAAGUUGAGGUCCUUGGUGGAAGGAAAACACUCCUUGAUGAUGCUUCUAACUUCAAAUGUUUUGUUGUUGUUGCAGUCACAGUAAAAAAGCACUUCUGGGAUGUGUUUUGACCUGAAGGAUGUUGCAUGGUCCUUAUCCAAGCAGGUAUGAGGUCAGGCACUGGAAUCAAUCCCAGACAUCAGAGAAUUCUGUUUGCACGAAGUUGUGUGAAUAAAUUAUUUGCUGCUUGGUUCAAUGAGCUGACUAGAAUUGUUUAUUAAGAAAGAAACCUAAAGACACUUUAGAUCUGUCAUCCUGUUCAUGACUUCAGUUUUUAAUUUGAAAGAAAAUUAGAGAAGAGCAGAGCUUUGCUGAAUCUCCUGCUUAUCAAGCCAUCUUUGUGGCCAUUACCUUUAGUUGUCUGAAAAAAAUUCAGACUUUGGGCUUGUACUUUAUCCUUAUUGUAUGAAGUAUGUUCUUUACAUUUAAAAUUUUCUUUUCUCUGCUACAAGUUAAUUAUGAAAUUCAGAGGGAAUUGUCAUGGAAACCUAAAAUAGAGCUGAAACAGGCAGCCUUAUGGCCUUGGGAGCAGUGCAGCAAUGAAUUAAAAAAUGGGGUUCUCCUUUCCCACAAAAGAUAAUUUUAGUUGUGAAAUCACAAUUAAGCCUGUGAAGUAUCUUCUGAUUUUUAGCAGUUCAUUUUCCUGUAGCAGAUUUGAUAACAGGUGUUCUUUUUAGGAUGAUAAAUGUAGAAUUACAAUAGAAAAAUUUGUUGACUUGUGGUCCAAGUGUGACUGAUAAGUAAAAAUGCUGUUCAUUGCUCUGGGUAAAACAAACUACAGUCAUUUUUCCAUGACUCUCCUAGUUUCUUCAGUCUUGGGAGAACUCCUUGGUGCUUCAGUUACUCUGGACAACUCACUUGUUUUAUUGGUGCUUGUAAGAAGCUUCAGAGUGAUGUGAAUCAACACCUGCAAAUACUGACCCACUGUUUGCAGAGGCUUGGAAAAGGCCACAGCUGGAAAUGAGCAGAAAUGACAAAUUGUAUGUAAACUAGAUUAAAAACUGCAACUUCCCAAGUGCUUCUGACAUUUGAGAAAUGACUUUUUUCCAGUCUGUAGUGUGUCAACCACCCUGUUCUAACACCAAACAUACCUGCUUGGGUAAACUUUCCCUCCCUCCUCACACCUCAUGUUUUCACAGUAGCCCGUGUAAGGUGAGAGGAAGUCAACACUAAAAUCAUCACCAUAAAAAUAAUCACCAUAAAAAUAAUCUUAAAAACAAGCUAAGCUUGAUUGUCAGUUUCCCCUUAACACACCUUCAAAGGAUCCUACAAGAUGUGUCUGUGUUGUAAGUGCUUUGAGUGAGACAGUAAAAAAAAUAUAACACUUUAAAUCAAAACUGUAAUUAUCAGAUUUUAUUUUUGUAUAAUUUAGAGAAAGUUAGAAAACCUUCAACAUUGGCUUUAUACAGAUUUUAAUUGAUUUGUGUCGAGUUUGUUGGGUUUUUAUAUCUAAAGUUAUAUUUCUGUACAUAAUGAAGCUAUUCAGGACUAAUCUGUAAAUUGUAAUAAAGAUAUUUGCAAGAUAA